GAAGUAAUGCCAGUCAUCCAGGAAGCAGAAUUUCCUUGUAGGGCUUUUCAACAAAGUCAUUUGCAUGCGCUACCAUUUCUUGACCUGUUUACAGAAGUGAGGAGAGCUGAAUAAGAAGUACUGCGCUAGAAGAAUUUCAUCUCUGUCUGCUGCAGCAUCACACAGGCUGAGCUCUUGCUGCCUCAGACGAUGUAAAACCAAUGAAGUUACAUUGUGGUUCCCACCACUGCAGGGUUUUUUUUCAAUGGCGUCUGAAGAAGCUGUGGCAAAGAGGGCCAAUCUGGUGGCAUCCAGGGCUCACUGGAGCCAUAAGAACGUAUCUGAAUCCUCUCAAGAGACUCAUGGAAGUCCAAGCAAGGACAGUAUCAGGAAAUGGCUCUCCACCACUGUCGCUGAGGAAGAUGCAAAGCAAGAGACACUGUGGAAAGCUUCAGAGCUCGUGAGGAGGAACACCAGCUGUGACGAUGACCUGGCCCUGGGUGUAGAAGCGUCUUUAUAUGGUAACCAGGGGGUGAGGACGGUGCAGGAAUUUCUUCGGUGGACCAGGUCGAGUCCCGCUAUCAGCAGGUGGAACAGUUUUAACUCAACACUUUCAGAUUACUCCGGACCACUGAGUGUGAUGGACAUACUCAACCUGUGGAAUGACGACCCAGAGGAGGUUCUCUUGGACCUGGGCUUUGGCUGCGAUGAACCUGACCUCUCCGGACGCAUCCCAGCUCGAUUCAUUAAUUAUCAGUCUCAGGCAAGAGGAAUAAACCUCCAGGUGUUUCUGGAGGCCCAGAAGAAUCGACUGGACUUGGAAAAUCCAGAUGUCAGCAAUCGCUUUAGACAGCUCGAGGUUCUCCAGCAGGUAACCACAGCCUUCUCAUCUUUGGUGGGGUCCUCCUCUUCUCUGAGAGCAUCACAGGAAAAAGACCUGCCUCCUGAGGCCCGGGAGAGAAGGAGGCGCAUAGGCCUAAUAUUUAGACAAGCAUCAAAGAAGACACUCAGUCAUAUCAAGAACAAAAAAACCCAGGACCUUACCACCUCACAUGUUACCUCUCCUCUUGCAGCACCUGAGUCACAUUAUCCUCCAUCAAGUCUGGGGGAUAACAGGAUCCCCUUAAAAAGAGUCAAAACUGGAUUUCUAGAGACAAUGAGUCCUCUUGCAGAGGAGCAAGGGACUGGUCCAGAUGCUCAGUCCCACCCUCAAGUGGCUGCUUUGAUAGCUCAAGAUGGAGCCUUUAGGUCCCUGAAGGAAGGUCGCCCCUUGACAGGAAAUCCUUUUUUACAGAGGAAGAAGAGCCCAGGUCAGGUCAGGGAAUCGUUUGAAAUGGAAGAGAUCCAUAGUUUUGAUGAAAGUAUUACAGGGAUCUUCACUGGAGGAGCAGAACAUUUAGUGCGAUGUGUUGUACGUACCAACAGCUGCCAGUCAGACAGCAGUGGUUUCUUGGAGGAGCCUUUCAUCCCCUCUCAAUCUCUGCAGGAGUCUCCAGCACCUGAUCUCAUCAAGGCUCUGUCGUGCCUUUCAGGAGGAAGCACUGACAGCAGCAGUGAGAGGCCACGCACUCCUUCUUCCCCUCAAUCCUCUCCAACCUCCCUGCUACCUUCAUCUCUGACAUCUUUUUCACCAGAGCAAUCAUUCAUCUCUGGCCCUUCCCAGUCUCCUGCCUUGUUGUGUGACCCUAAAUCUGACCUGGACAAUUCAGACACUUUGACCCCACCAGAUCAGACUCAGUGUCCACCUGCUUCGUUGGCUGCGUCAGAGUAUGAAUACCUUUCCCCUUGUUUUUCCUCACCAGAGUUACAGGAUACAAAUGACCAAUCUGAAACUCCUCCCCCUGCCUCUUUCACACCCGUCCCCUCUAGCUCUUCUCCCAUGAAGGCUGAUUCAAUAGUUAAUGAAUCAGAGGAGAUUAAAAUGGAGGAAAAAGAUAGUCCAUCCCCCAGCCUCUCUAUUCUUUAUCAUGACUCUGAUCCCACAGCAUGCUCUAGUGUUACACCUCCUGUCUCUUCUACUUACUCUCCAAAUUUAGAUUUUGUGUUUAAUUCCAUAAAUUCCUCCUCUGGGGGUCCAGGUGACGCACAGUCCAGACAGACUGAGGAGUAUUUUCAUCAAAACUCUCUCUCUGCUUCUGAUGGCUCAUCAUCCCAGCUUCCCUCUGACCCUUUUCUACCUUCCUCUGCCCCCUCUGAGAUUCACUGGGCAUCCUCUGAAGCGUCCUCCUCACAGAGUCCAGAAAACAAUCAAAAUGACACUCUUCUCCGAGACUCCUGGGAAAAAGGACCCUGUGAUCCACCUAGUUAUACACAAACAAAAGAAGAGGAAGCACCGUCUUGUCACAUCUUUCAGUCGGACCAGGACAGACCUUUAUAUCCACCUGAUCUCUUUCUGGACUCCUCUAGGUUUGAGGAGUUCAACCAGCAGCCAAGCCUUACUCCUGACCCAUCCGUUCCAAUUUGUGAGUCUACCUUGUCAUCAAAACCACACUUUGAGGUGAGUCUUAUAGAUCCAACUAUUGGAGGAAUGGCCGACUCUACAGAGCAGACCAUCUACCAACAAGAAGGACAACAUUGUUUUGAUGACGACGGGCACAUUGCUGUGGCAUGUCCUGCCCAAGAUGUUAUUCCUGCAAAGAUGGAUUACCUCUCGUUGGACUUAGAGGAUACCCUUCUGAGGAAUGAAAGGGACGAGAGAGGGGAUGACAGACACUCUGACACUGUGCAGACUCCAGAAACUGUUGUUUACAUCUCACAUACAGAGAGCUCUGCUGGUUUGUCAGAAGGUUCCAGAUUAGUCGAUAAGGAAGAAGAAGGAGACCCACAGGUCCUGUCCGGUAGUUUGCAUGGUGAGCUUUCAACUGAAAAAAAACCAGAAGAGCUGAGACAAUUCUAUCAAAUAGACAUUAAUGGCACAGAAAGUGAAUCACCAAGAACUUCCUUACGUUUCCAUGGAGAAGUCCCAGAGACAAACACAAGAAAUGAAAUACAACCAAAAAGCUUAUUCGAGAUUGAGAGCUUAGACGUGGCAUUUCAAACCUCAGUGGAUGGCUCAGACGGUGAAAGUGGAGAUUUGGAUGCCUAUUUUCAACAGCUUGAUAAUGAAAGGCAAGUCUAUUGGGCAGAACCUAUUCAGAUUUCUAAUCAAAGCUCUCUUCUUGAAGAAUCAGGCAGCUUUGAAGCCUCAGAUGGAUCUCCUGGGAAUUCUCUAUUGACUAGAGGAGCAGCUAUUCUAGAUUCAUUAUUAGCCACAGGCAAAGUGAUGUCUUCGUUGAUGUCAUCGUCAACAAUGUACACCGCCCCAGCAAACCCAGAACCAAAGCCGUUGAGCCGCUCUGUUUCUGUCCAGAUGUCUUCAUCUCCUUCCUCUCAUAUCAUCCACAGGAAGGAUGUUCCCUUCAUGACUGAUUCAAAAUGCAGCACCCUUCUCCCUACUGUUGUCCCUUUAGACACCUCCACCCCUUUCCGUGCUGUUCAGUCAUGGACAGACUGGCAGAUUCAAAAAAACAAUCUCUCCAAGAUGUUAUCACAUGGGGCUCCUGACAAUAUCCAGAAUGCAGCAGGUGUGUCAGAAACUAUACAAAGGCCUACACUGAUCUUCUCUUCAUCUCCGUCUCUGCCUCUGCUAUCUUAUGACGGGCAGUCGUACGACUGUUUCCCUGGAAUGGCUAGAGAAAACAGUACUGUGUCGGUCUCUUUAGACAAAGGUUUGUGGUCUGAUGAGGAAGAAGAGGUGGAGAGGAAUGGAUAUGAGGAUGAGAAGAACCUUUGGGAGGGCAAUCACACAGCCACCAUGGCAUGCUGCUUCUCCUGUGACCAUCAGGGUACCUGCGAUUACAACAAGCAACACACUGUGGGAAACAUUCCUUACUCUCUGGAUGAGUUGGAGGAGAUGAUGCUGAGUCUGCAGCAGUUUCGCUAUGUGCUGUGCAGCAUGGAGGAGCAGCUGUCUGAAGACCAGGCAGCAGUUUACAGAGACCUCUCUGAUCAGGACAGGGAGAAGGUUCGAGACAUAGAGGAGCUGAGGCAAGCAGUGAAAAAAGAGGCAGGAGAAUUGGAGAUGCAUCUGAAUGAACUGGCCCAUCACUAUGACGACAGCUUGAAAAUGAAGAUGCACAGACUGUUGGAUGAGCAGUCUCUGCUCUGCACUCAACUCAGAGUCUCUGUACCUGGAAAGGUGUCCCCAUCACCGUGCCCUGCCUCCAACAGGACAGUAGCCACUCAGUGCUGUCUAAUGCCCUGGAUGCCUUCAAUGGAUGUCUCCUCCUGGAGUGUGGAUUCUCACAGGCAGUCACCUCCUGGAUCUGAAAGUAUCAGGGAGGGCCUGAGCUGUUCUCCCACUAAGGCGGACAAGGUGGACAUAUUGAGCUUCCUACAGAAGCUGAAGGAGUCUUUGCGUCACUCUGUGAACACAGACUCACUGGAAUAAAAGGUGUCAGGGGAAAUGCACGGGACUGCACCUGACUGAUAAAAACCCAAAGUUUCCUGAAGUCUUCCAUUCUUUUAGGGACAUGCUUUGUCUUUACAGAUGAACAGUUUUAGCUUUUACACGGUUUCCAUUGUUGCUUGUGAUAACUAUUUCACAUUUGACUUGAUGGACUGGCUUCUAGUGAUGCUGAGACUACAACCACUACAAGCUGCAUGAGAUGCAAACUUCUAAUUGACUUUAUUAUUAAAGAAAAGUGUAUAAUCAUAUAACACAAAAGCAAUAUGAACCGCUUAGAAGAGGGUGUUUCAAAUGUAUAAAUAUUUCUUUGUUAAUAUAAAUGUAAAUACGAGUUAUUUUGUUAGGAUUUCUUUUGACACAGUAUGGCCUCUGCUCAGUGGAUGCACAAUGAUUCAUAUGAAUAACACUGAUUCAAUAAACGUUAGAACACUUCAA